AUGGAGGAUUUUUUGUUGAGGGCUGGAGCCCUAGCUGACACAGCUGAGACCAUUCAAAUUACAGCGCAAGAAGCUGAAAGCAUACUUUGGCCUAACACCACCGCGGAUCUUACCCACACGGAUUCCAUUAAGGAUCUGUACAAUGAUCUUAUGAAGUUAAAAAGACGAGAAGUAGACUUAGAUCUGCAUGGAAUUUUUAUCUCAGAUUAUUACCGAGCAAAACGGAUUCCAAGAGGUUUCAGGGUAAGAAACUCUCCCACUAUUGGGAGACAAAAUCCGGAGUUUUGUAAAAAAUGGAUUGGCAUAGCCAAUAAAUGCUCGCUUGACUGGAUGAUUAUAGUGGUAGAGGAGGUAAAAAACGAAUUAGUUUUUACCAAGGAGUCUAUUAACAAGUUUGAAAUGUCGCAUGUUACAACGUUAAACGCAACCACAUCCACCCAAUAUAUGGUGAAAUUACAGGACGAAAUCAUGCGAUAUAGAAAUGAUCUCAUAAGAUUCAAAAAACAAAAAGUGGAAAAAGUGGAAAAAGUGAAUUUCGACUAUACCCACCAUCAGGUAUACCAUUGGAUUAGUGGAGAAAGACGUAGACUACCAUUCCAACGUAACAGACAACGAACACGCAAGCCUCAAUUCUUAUCCAUUGACACGAGCUCAGCAGACUCCACUUCGGAAACAGACACCAGAGCUACCUCAAGCCAAGGAGGGCUCAUCAGAGAUACACAACAAACCCAAUCAUCAACUUUUUUAGGGGCGGAACGACACACAAACGAUCCCCCUGGCAAAUAUCAACGCACAAGGAGAGGUUCAAAAGACGCAGAUUUAUCAGAAGAGGACAGAGGAACAAGAUCUAUAAAUACCAGAUCCAAACCACCAACCAGAAGGACAUAA